CCGAGCCCGACCCAGCCCAGCUCAGCACAGCCAAGCCCAGCCCAGCUCACAACAGCCCAGCCGGGCGGAGCGGGCAGCGGCUGCGGCAGCGACCGCUGGGUCUGCCAGCCGAGCCUGGCACACCGCGGCUGCACUCCGGGCUGCGGAACCGACCGGAAUAUAGAGGGAGAAACAAGGCACCCGACCGCCGCCGCUUUCUGCGGGGACUACGCGAGAGAUCCGCGAGAAGGAGAUCGGACACCGCCGCCGCCGCCGCCGCCGGAGGAGGGCCAUGGCGAUGGCAAGGCAAGUGCUUUGUGUGUGUGCUUUGCUCUCCGUGCCGCUCGCUCGCUCGCAGCCCAUCCGCUACUCCGUGGCCGAGGAGGCGGACAGCGGCUCCCUCGUAGGCAACCUGGCGCAGGACGCGGCGCUGCCGCCGGCGCAGCUCUCGGCUCGCCGCGCCCGCCUGCUGGCCGAGGACGGCCGGCAGCACUUUCGCCUCGACCGCGCCAGCGGCCGCCUCGUCGUGGCCGACAGGCUCGACCGGGAGCAGCUGUGCGCCCAGUCCGACACCUGCACGCUCGCCUUCGAGCUGCUGCUGGCCGACCCGCUGCAGUUCUUUCGGGUCGAGGUGACCCUGCACGACAUCAAUGACCAUUCGCCCGUUUUUCCCGAAGAUAAAGUCACUUUUGACAUCCUGGAAACGAGCGAGCCUGGCUCUCGUUUCCCUUUGGAGGUGGCUUGGGACUUUGAUAUUGGCAGCAACAGCGUCCAGACAUACAGCAUUGCUCCCGAGAACGAGUAUUUUAGUGUCUCCUAUGGGAGUCGGAUGAAGAGCAAGAAGUAUGUUGAACUGGUUUUGGAGAAGUCGCUGGACAGAGAGGAGCAGGCAGAGAUGCAUUUCAGUCUCAUUGCUGUGGAUGGGGGCUCUCCACCCAGAAGUGGAACCACCCAAAUUCACAUUACAGUUCUGGAUGUCAAUGACAAUGCUCCCGUCUUCACACAGGAGGUGUAUGAUGUGCAGGUAUUGGAAAAUGCACCGGAGGGCUCUGUGGUCUUGACUGUCUUGGCAACAGAUCGGGAUUCAGGAAUUAAUGGAGACAUCUCCUACCAGUUCAGACAAGCAGUCAGUCAGAGUGAUUCAGCCUUUGAGAUUGAUCCCAUAACGGGUGAAAUUAAACUCACAAAGCCUCUGGAUUUUGAGGCAGCAGACACUCACGAGCUCAGUGUGAGAGCCAGAGAUGGUGGGGGCCUUUCAGCAAUCUGCAAGGUGUUGGUGGAGGUGUUGGAUGUGAAUGACAAUGCCCCGGAGCUGGUGGUCAGUUCCUUCAGCAGUCCCCUCCCCGAGAACUCAGCGCCCGGCACGGUCGUUGCCCUCUUCACCGUCAGGGACCGCGAUGCCGGGGCCAACGGCAAGGUCUCCUGUGCCCUCGACGAUCAGCUCGUCUUCUCCCUGCGCCCAGCCUACAAGAAUUACUACGAGCUGGUGACCGUCAGUGCCCUGGACCGCGAGGAGACGGCUCAGUACAUCGUGACGGUGACAGUAGCAGACGCGGGCUCCCCUCCUCUGACGAGCAGCCACACCUUCACCGUGGCCAUCUCGGACAUCAAUGACAACGCGCCUGUCUUCAACCAGAGCUCGUACACCAUGUACGUGCGUGAGAACAAUGUGCCCAGCGUGCUGGUUGGAGCCGUGAGUGCCGCAGAUGCCGACGUGGGGCUCAACGCCAAGGUGACCUAUUCGCUGUCAGCGGGGCAAGCGGCGGAGCGGCCUUGGUGCUCGUGCCUGUCGGUGAACUCGGAGAGCGGGCAGGUGUUUGUGCUGCGAGCCCUGGACUACGAGCAGCUGAGGCAGAGCGAGGUGGUGGUGAGCGCCUCUGACGCGGGCUCUCCCCCGCUGCGAGCCAACGUCACCGUCCGCCUGCUGGUGCUGGACGAGAACGACAACGCCCCGCUCGUGCUCUACCCGGCGCCCGACAGCGGCCCGGCCUCCAGCGAGCUGGUGCCCGUGUCGGCUGAGGCGGGCUACCUCGUCUCCAAAGUGGUGGCCGUCGACGCCGACUCGGGGCAGAACUCCUGGCUCUCCUACCACCUGCUCAGGGCCACCGACCCCGGGCUCUUUGCCGUGGCUGCCCAAAGCGGCGAGGUGAGGCUCAGGAGGCCCGUGACAGACAGAGACAGCGUCAAGCACAAGCUCGUCGUCCUGGUGCGAGACAACGGCCGCCCACCCCUCUCAGCCACCGCCGCUCUCAGCGCACUCCUGCUCAAGGACUUCUCCGACCUGCGCCAACCGCACGGCAGCCCCGCCACCGACGACCAGCCCGGCUCCCUCACCACCUACUUAAUCCUUGCCUUGGUCUCCGUCUCCCUGCUCUUCCUCGCCUCCACAGCAGCCUUCGUGGCUCGCAGGCUGUGCAAGAGAAAGGAGCUGAAGGCUGCCCACGGGCUUGACGGGGCCGACAACUUGCCGAGCGGCCUGGCCGAGGCAGCUGCUGCAGGGACCCUGCCCCACCCCUACUGCUACGAGAUCAGCCUCACCACGGGCUCGGGCAACAGUGAGUUCAAGUUCCUCAAGCCCUUCAUCCCCGGCCUGACACCACAGCCCUGGGCCACGGGUGGGGGCCCCAGUGAGGAACAGGUUUUCCCUUGUGUCCCUGUCCCCACAGAGGACGUGACACCCGAUGAUGCUGGGACUGUCUCUGCAGAACAGUUCAACCGUCUUUCCUUUAACUAGCACGGGGUCAGCACAGGUAGAGGUUUCAUGCCUCAUGAUAGGCAGGGAUGCAGGCUGCAGCCUGUGGGAAUGGUUUCUGCAGAAUAAAUCUGUAUUUGCAAUUGGCAUAACCAAAUUCUGGAAAACUGUAAGUCAGGGAAUGCUUGUGUUCCUCUAAAAACCAAGAAGCAAACAGAAUAAAGGGUACCAGAGCUCUUUCACUCAGACAGUAGUAGGUUUCAGACUUGAUUCAGCCAUUUCUGAGAGGCUUUAAGAAUGUGAUUAGAUCUCCCAGCUAAGCUCUUGUCUCUCUUGCUGUCACACAAGACAGUGGACCUCUUCUGUAAUGGAAUGGAGUAGCUAGGCAGCGAAAUCUCAUUCUUGCUGAAAUGCACAAAGGCCUUUUCCCAGCUCAGAUAAAUUAGGAUGUUGUGAAUAAUGUCAUAGAAUUGUGUAAGCACAGCACUCUUUCUUUCCUGGGUUCUGGAUGUGUCUGGAUGAGAUGUGUGGGCCCUGUGUCCUUUCCUCUCUUGACACAGGGUCUGUCUGUGCAUCCCUAGUGCUGCCUGAUGAAUUAGGCAUUUGCUCACAUUCUGCCAUUGUUAUGCAGGCCAUUCCAACCCAGCAGGCAAGGAGGGUAUUUUGACCCUUUCAGUACAUCAGUCUCAUCUUCUCUAUUGCAGAGUAGAGAGCAAAGUGCACAAUAAGGUCUUCCUUUGGCCUAUAGGAGGGGUUGGGUGUUCUUUUACCUUGCAAUACAGCAGCACAAAGAGUGUUGGGAUAGACUGUAACUGUACAGAGGUGUGAAAACAUGUUUGUUGUGUUUGAGGUGCAUUGCAUGAAAACUCCACGUGUCCUUCAAAGAACAUUUUCUGAAGGCACAAUCAAAAUGAACUGGUGGAAAGGACAUUGAAUUUGGUCUCCUCAUUGUUGUUCCUGAAUCCGGACGCCUCUUAAUGGAGUGGAAAGAUAUCCUCUCAUGACCUUCCAGUUUUAUGUGAGCACAUUUUCAUUCUCUGUUGACCUUUUCCCUUCUACUCCCUGAACUGUGUUUGAGCAUUUGCUUGCCUAUUCCUUUUAAAAAGGACUGUGACACCAUCUCUAAUAACUGAUUUUUUGAAUGAUGUCUGUGAGGAAUGGAAUAUCCAGAAAGCCUCACGCUGUGUUGUG